GCCGUUCUCAACAUCGUUGCAUUUCCUGCCCGUAGCCUGCCUUUGUCCACGGUCAUCAUGAAGAGGAAAAUAUCUGAGCCUGAGCUGCCACACCAGGAUCAAAAUGCACGGAGGGGCGUUCCUGACGCUGCCCAUAAUGAAGAUAUUGACCUGGACGACUUGUGCCCCAUUUGCCACCUUCUGCUCUACCGUCCGGUUCGGACACGGUGCAAUCACACGCUCUGCGAGUCUUGCAUGGCUCAUUGGGCCGAUGUCUCAAUCACUUCUCAAAUGGCGACCGUUGGUCUGGACGAUGAGGCUGUUGUUCUGUUGCCUAACGAGAUUGAGACGAGAUGUCCUAUGUGCCGAACUCUUACCACGGCUUCUCUAGACCCGGACAGACAGUCCGCCCUAGAGGGUCUGUAUCCAGUGUCAUAUUCAGCGCGGGAGACAGAAAGCAAACUGGAGGAGGAAGAUGACUUUGGAUCGAGUAUCGAGACGCUAACGGUGUACAUUGGAAACGAGCAUUCGUUGGUCAGGACAGAAGGUGAAUCCAACAACAGGCACCACUGGAAGUUCUUUGUUCGGCCCUCGAGAACAGACCUGAUUGAAGAGGUGCAGAUAUUCCUGCAUCCAACGUUCCGUAAUCCACGCGUUAUUGUCCAAUAUCCGCCAUACGAAAUACGCCGUCUUGGCUGGGGCUACUUCACCAUUUUUGCAAAUGUCAUACUGAAAGCAGGCUAUAGUUGGCUCAGUCCCGAUGCUGAAGAUGCUCCAGAUGGCGGGCGUAAUGGAAAACUGCCCCUGGAAUGGACUUUGGACUUCAACGGGCGGGGAUCUCAAGGGCGGUUGAGACUCAAAGUCAGAAAGGAAAAGGAAGGGCAAGAAGCUGAAGACGAGGCGCAGCGUGACGAAGUCAGGCGACUCUGGGCACGACAGCGGGAGAUAGACCCCGACUGGGAGGAUGCUGAUGCAAGACUAUAACGUUGACGACAGCUUACACUUUUAUUUUUGCUGCAACUAUGAGACGAAUGAACAGAGGACCGGCAACUGCCUCACCAUAGCGCGGAUGGCGGGUUCCUGGGUUGGACUGGGCCGUAGGCCACUAAAUGAAUGACUUGCCAUCAAGUUUAAAGGAUGUGUAUCUUGCCUGUCGCUUCAAGUUACCUCAUUACAGCCCGAGCCCGAAUGAACUGAGCACGCCCAUGCGCCCUCAGGAAGCGACUUGGAAAUCACGCUUCUCCUUGUCAUCGGCUGCCAGAAAGUUGACAGUCCAGGACCAGAGUUCCUCCUGCUUCGACUCGUCGUAGCUGUCAACGCUGGAUUUGAUCUGCUGUCUGCCUUCAUAAUAAACGCCGCUGUUUGACUGCUCUGCUUCGUCCAAUAGGACCCAAGCCAGUGAGGCGCCUGACUCCUCUGGACGAUGGACAUUUGCGGAAAUCAAGAGCCGGAGGAGCGGCACAAGUGACGGCAACACAUUGUUCCACACAAAACGCAGCAGGGGUCCCGCAUCCCUCGCAAGGCCUGUGCCUGGCAUGAGGCCGGGAUCAAAAGCGACAACCGUCCACUUUUUGCCCGCCAGCCGAGUCAGUCUCCGAUGCAGAGCAUAUGUCCACAUGAUGUUGCACAGUUUACUUGUGGAAUAGCGUUGACGACCGGAAUUAUCGAUCGUCGCUGCUGUAGGAUGGGCCAGUUCUUCGCCAGAGGUAUAUUUUGCGUCGGGAAGUCCGCUCUUCUGAGCUGGAUCAUGCGUCCCGCUGGCGGUCACGACGGUACGAGCUUCAUGGGCCAGGUAUGGUUGCAGGAGAUAGAACAGGAGCGCAUGCCCGAGGUGGUUGAUGCCAAAUGUCGCCUCGAUCCCAUCUGUGGUGUACUUGACUGCGUCAGGAUAUUGCAGUCCGGCGUUCAGCACAAGUCCGGAGAUCGGUGGGAUAUUCUGUUCUCCCAAUGAUUGGACGAAGGACCGAACGUUAUCCAAGUGGCCGAGAUCCAGUGGCAUGAAGACCACAUUGUCCUGCUUUAGCUUUUGGUUGAUCUUCGCAGCACUGUUGUCUGGGUCUUUCCGUGAUGCGACAAUAAUGCGGUAUUGUGGACGUUGCCUUGCGAUCUCGGUCGCGGCAUAGUAUCCAAGGCCACUGGUGCCCCCAGUAAUGAG